CUGAACAGUUUAGUGAAGGAACAAACUUCAGCAAGUUGAGAUCUGGUACCUCAAACCAGAGUUAUUCUUCAUUAUACUGAUGAACAAAACCUACAAUAAUCUAUUUUAAAGCAUUUGAUCAACACUGAAGACCAAAUAUGAUCCCCAUUUCGGAUGAAAAACGACAUUUUGUUUUUUGCUUGUCUCUUGGCCUCUUGAGUUUUCUACAGUUUACUGAAUGUGAGAAAAUGAGGCUGGUCGGACCUUCGCGUUGCUCUGGUAGAGUGGAGAUCUUCUACCAAGACAGUUGGGGAACUGUCUGUGAUGAUCAGUGGAGCAUGGCCAAUGCUGAGGUGGUGUGUCGAGAGCUGAGCUGUGGGGCAGCUAUGGAGGCCAAAAAAGGUGCUUUCUUUGGACAAGGAAAAGAUGAGAUCUGGUUGGAUGAUGUACAGUGUGUUGGCCAUGAGUCUUCCAUCCUUAAGUGUCAACACAGACCGUUUGGGCAAAAUAACUGUGGCCAUAGUGAAGAUGCAGGAGUGGUCUGUUCAGAAAAUGUGCGGUUUACAAAUGGAACCACUCGUUGUAAUGGCAGAGCGGAAGUCUACCAUGAAGGUCAGUGGAAAAAAGUUUGCAGUGACUGGGGCAAAGAAGCAGCUCAGGUGGUGUGCCGAGAGGGCGGCUGCGGUGAUCCUCUCCCUCAGACCGAAACACCCUAUUUUGGAGAAGCACGUGACCUCACCGCAGUCAAAACCAUCUGCUCUGGAAAUGAGACCUCUGUCUCACAGUGCUCAGUUCUAAAAGUCAAUGAAAGUUGUGAAGAUGCUACUGUUGUCUGUGGAAACAGUCAACCCAUUCGGCUUGUGAAUGGGACUAAUCGCUGCUCUGGUAGAGUGGAAAUCUACUAUAAUUCACAAUGGGGAACAGUCUGUGAUGACAGAUGGGGGAUGCAAGAAGCAACUGUGGCAUGUCGAGAGAUGAACUGUGGCAAUGCUCUCUCAGUCAAGUACAAGGCUUACUUUGGGAGAGGCCAGGAUCAGGUUUGGUUGGAUGAUAUUGAGUGCACUGGUCAUGAGAAGUCCCUUGCUCAAUGUCCUCACAGAGGUUUUGGUGAACAUGACUGUGACCACAAUGAAGAUGCUGGUCUCGUGUGCUCAGAAACAGUCAGAUUGAUAAAUGGGACUGAUGGUUGUUCUGGCAGACUGGAAGUUUUCCAUGACGGCCGAUGGGGGAAACUUUGUAAUAAUAACUGGGGCCUUAAAGAAACUACAGUUGUGUGUAAGGAGCUCAACUGUGGAGUGCCAAUAAAAUCCCAAAACAACUUCUUUUUUGGUGACAGCUCACUGCGAGGGUUCAGAAGUACAUGCACUGGUAAUGUGAGCACUAUCAGCCAAUGUCAACUGCAAGAACACAUGGGAUCAUGUACAGGUGUUUCUCUCGCAUGUGCAGGUCAACCACCACUAAGGCUUGUGAACGGCACUGACCGAUGCUCUGGCCGAGUGGAGAUUCUGCAUGACGGCCAGUGGGGAACAGUGUGUGAUGAUGAAUGGGACUUCAGAGAGGCUGAGGUGGUGUGCAGAGCCAUGGACUGUGGAACACCUCAGACAGCAAAAUCCAGUGCCUUCUUUGGUGAAGGCCAAGGAGUGAUCUGGCUUGAUGAUGUCAACUGUCUAGGUAACGAGACGUCACUUGUGCACUGCAGACGUUCCUCCUUUGGAGAAAAUAACUGCGGUCAUGGUGAAGAUGCAGGAGUGAUUUGUUCAGCUACCAUUCGACUAAUCAAUGGGACUGACAUGUGCUCAGGAAGGGUGGAGGUCCACCAUGGUGAACACUGGUCACCAGCACUUAAUGUCAACUGGGGGAGGAAUGAAGCUACAGUGGUGUGCAGAGAGAUGAAUUGUGGAGAUCCUGUCAAGAUGUCAGGGUCAUUUGGUCAAGGUGGAGAUCUGAGAGGGUACGAGAUCCAUUGUAAUGGUAGAGAGACCUCUCUCACACAGUGCUCAUUUAGAGACUAUAGCAGAUCUGCCACGAACCGUGUUGAAGAAGCCUCUGUGGUAUGCUCAGGUAACGUGAGAUUAAAUGGUGGAUCCACUCGUUGCGAUGGAAGAGUAGAAUAUUUUGAUCAAAACCAGUGGGGGACUGUGUGUGCUGAAUCCUGGGACAUGAAUGAUGCAACAGUGGUGUGCAAACAGUUGGAUUGUGGGAGGCCCCAUAAGCUUCUUCAGCUUGGCCCUGGUACAGGACAGACCUGGAAUGAUCAAAUUGAAUGCAAUGGAAGAGAGUCUACAUUGACUCAGUGUCCACAAAGACCAUAUCCAGACAGGACUUGCAACAACACUGUAUUGGCUGGUGUUUUCUGCACAGGAAGCUUGGCUAUCCGGGUGGCUAACAGUAACGAUGAGUGCUCUGGAAGAGUGGAGGUACGUCAUGGCGAGCAGUGGCACACAGUGUGUGACACGGACUGGACUCUAAGUAAAGCUCAAGCAGUUUGCGAGACGCUGGAGUGUGGACGUGCCAUGAAUGCUCCUGGUGCUGCUUUUCACGGCCCAGGCAGUGGACCAGUGGUGGAGGCUAGCUCUUCAUGCUUUGAUAAUGUGACAUCUCUUCAGCAAUGCUCAGUCAAAGGUUUUACAAGAGCAACCUGCGGGCAUGAACAUGAUGCUGGUGUUCUCUGUGCAGCACAAGUCCAGUUGGUGGGUGGCUCAGGUGAAUGCUCCGGCAGAGUGGAGGUCUUCUAUAAAGGACAGUGGGGAACUGUGUGUGAUGACGAUUGGGAAAUGAGCGAUGCCGAUGUAGUAUGCAGACAGCUUGGUUGCGGUCAUGCCGUUUCAGCACCUGCAAGUGCCCAUUUUGGUAGAGGCAGUGGCCCUAUAUGGCUGGAUAACGUGGAAUGCUCAGGCCAAGAGUCUGCACUUUCACACUGUUCACAUCCUGGUUUUGGACAAAAUAACUGUGGGCAUGGUGAAGAUGCCAGUGUUAUCUGCUUAGGUGCUCUGCAGAAGCCUGAAAUCACGAUCAACCCUGGGGUAGAGGUAAACUGGGGUGACAAAGUUGAAAUUACCUGCACGCUAGUAACAGAACACAUGGGCGGUACAUUUCUCCUGAAAAAAACCCAAGGGUCAUUUCAAAUGGAGAAAUUCUCAGAUCAAGCUUCUGCAACCUUUGUCUUCCCUAAAGUGGACUUUAGUCAGAAGGGUUCAUACUACUGUGAAUAUCAAAAGAAAAUGGCCAAUCAAAUCAUCUACUAUCCUCAAGGAAUUCCUGCUGACCUCUCUGUUGUAGUUAAACUGGAAAAACCCAGCAUCUCCCUGGUGUCCCCCCAUGCAAUGGUGGUCUACAGUCCCGACAAAGUAUCAGUCACCCGAGGCAGCACCUUCUCCGUCACUUGCUCUAUUCAUUCCAUUUACUCUAGAGGUUUCUUCAGUUUGACAAAUUUAAACACGAACAAUACCGAAACAAUGUCAGCAUUUGGCUACUCAGUCUUAUACCUGGCCACUUUUGAGCUCCCUUCAGUAGAUUUUAAAGACCAAGGAUCGUAUACGUGUCACUACAGCGUUAACAUCUCUGCAAUGUCCUUCUCUUCUGCUCCUUCAAGGAAACUUUAUAUCUCCGUUACCUCACCCUCAUCUUCUUCAGUUGUCGCAGCUGUUGUGGGUGUGCUAGUAGUUUUGCUACUCCUCGUGGUUAUUAUUUUCCUGGUCUGGAGAAGGAAGUGGGGGGUUUCUGAAGUCAUUGUUCAGUUUAGUAACAGAUUUGGAGCAGCAAUAAAACAAGAAAUGGAGGACAAAACCACUGUAGCCCUUGAUGAAAGAGAGAGGAAUAACCAACUGUAUGAGCCAUGCACUCCCAGCCCAGAACAGAGUAAAACUGAUGCAGAUACUGAUAGCAAUGCUGAGAGAGCACCCGAAGACCUGGCUGGAAAAGUGUGUUAUGAGCUUGAACCUCUUGUUGUUUCAUGAUAACAUGUAUGAAAACAUAACCUCAGUAAUGUGGUUUUAGUAAAUAUAAAGAGGAGUAUAACAGUAGGCUAAAAAGCAGAACUUUAGUGAAAUAUUUGCAAAAAGUUUCAUUUCUCUUUUGACAUCUAAACCACAUCCAUAGUGAUGUUGCAAUGACCUACUCUGAACCAUAGUUUUCAACGCAAAAGCAAAGUGACUACCAAACUAUUUCAGAUCAGCAAAAUAAACACUUUCAUUCUGUGUGAAGUUGCUCUUUAGGACUGUUUAAGGAUUGUCGGUUUUUUAAAAUUCUUUUUUCAACAAAUAAUUCAUAAAUCUUCAGACUUUGUUUCAUUAAACCUGAGCUGUUUCCAGUCUUUUAAGAGAACUUUAAAUGAUUUGUUUAAAAUAACAUGUAUGCUUAUCCUGUCAGAGUAUUCCUCUUUCAUGCAAAAGUCUUUUUCACGUGUUUUUAUUUGGUAAUUUUUGUCUUCACUGAGUGAUUCUCACACUUCAAGGUUCAAGGACUUUUACGAAGAUGCCUAUUAUGAAUAUCUUGUUUGACUUUAACACUGACUAUAUUUCAUGAUGAGUUGCUUUUUCUUUCUUAAUCUUUUCUGGUAUAAGAAUAAAU